AUGCCCUUCAUACAAGCAGGUCGCCAUAGCCUUCACUACGCAGACUCCCACCCAUCCGGUCCCCCAACAUCCUCCGCCCUUACAUUCAUCUUUAUACACGGACUCGGCUCUUCGCAAAACUACUAUUUCCCCAUCAUCCCUCAUCUGAACCCUCACCACCGCUGCAUCACCAUCGACACCUACGGUGCCGCCCGUUCGCCGUUUACCGGGGACACCAUAUCCAUCACCAGUAUCGCAGAAGAUGUCAUUGGCGUACUUGACACACUCAAUGUGGCCAAGGCCGUAGUGGUUGGCCAUUCGAUGGGCGGGCUGGUCGUUAUCGAGCUCGGCGCUAAAUUUCCGGACCGUGUGAUGGGAAUCGUGGCUAUCGGACCAACUCAUCCAUCUGAGAAGCUGGGUUCGAUUAUGAAUGUGAGGGCUGAAACAGUGCUAGAAGCCGGCAUGGAACCCAUGGCCGAAUCCAUCCCGUCCGCUGCUGUCGGUUCACGCAGCACCCCGCUCCAAAGAGCGUUUAUUCGAGAACUCCUGCUUGGCCAGAAUCCGAGCGGUUAUGCAGCUCUCUGUCGAGCAAUUUCGAAUGCCCCAGUGCCGGACUACGCUGCUGUUCACGCGCCAUUUCUGCUUAUUGCGGGGGAGGAGGACAAUUCUGCGUCCAUGGAGGGCUGUCAGCAUAUCUAUCAGCAUGUGUCGAGUGAGAAGAAGCGGAUGGAUGUUUUGUCGGGGGUGGGACAUUGGCAUUGUAUCGAGUCGUCGGAUGAAGUUGGUCGGUUGAUUGUUUCUUUUGUUUCAGAUUUAUCUCGAUGA